AAAUCACAUUGUCUAGACAAGAGGAAAGGUCAAAGUAACCUUUUGUAGAUUUAUUGCCUUUGCAAAAGCUUUUUUCACAAGAGAUUCUUGUGAAAGCCAACCAAACAAAGUGACAAUAUUUUUUUCAAACAUAUAUAUACACUUCAUUUCCUUUUGUUCACACUUAUCUAUUUUGGCUUUUUAUAAGUUUCCCUUUAAAAGAGUUUAUAUAUGAUGUAAACUCAAAGAACCAAAAUCAAUCACUGUUCACUUAUUAGCCUUUUUAUUUUUCUCUCUAAGAAGAAGAAGAAGAAACUUUGGUUCUUAUAUUUAAUGGGUUCUUGUUUUAGUGUUAGAAUUAAAGCUGAGAGUCCUCUUCAUGCUGGAGCAAGUGAUGGAAGAGAGUUGAGUAGUAGGCAUUCAUAUUCAUCGGCUCCGUUGACUCCUCGAAGUCAGAGUGAAAUUCUGGAGUCGUCGAAUCUGAAAAGCUUUAGUUUCAAUGAACUCCGAGUAGCCACGAGGAACUUCCGACCAGAUAGUGUGUUGGGAGAAGGCGGUUUUGGUUGCGUCUUUAAGGGUUGGAUAGACGAGACUACAUUUAAAGCUGCAAGGCCAGGGACUGGAUUGGUUAUAGCUGUAAAGAGAUUGAACCAAGAGGGCUUUCAAGGUCACAAGGAAUGGCUGGCGGAAAUCACUUACCUAGGUCAGCUAUCUCAUCCGAAUCUUGUGAAGUUGAUCGGAUAUUGCUUAGAAGACGAACACAGGCUUUUGGUGUAUGAGUUCAUGCCGAGAGGAAGUUUGGAAAAUCAUCUAUUCAGAAGGAGUACUUAUUUCCAACCGCUAUCAUGGAAUCUCCGAAUGAAGGUUGCUCUCGAGGCAGCCAAUGGACUGACUUAUCUCCACAGCCCAGAAGCUAAAGUUAUAUAUCGGGAUUUCAAAUCAUCGAACAUUUUGCUUGAUGCUAAUUACAAUGCGAAGCUUUCUGAUUUUGGAUUGGCAAAGGAUGGGCCAAUCGACGGUAAAAGCCAUGUAUCUACUAGAGUAAUGGGUACCUUUGGUUAUGCUGCUCCCGAGUAUAUGGCCACAGGCCAUCUAACCGCCAGAAGUGACGUAUACAGUUUCGGUGUGGUUCUUCUAGAAAUGCUGACAGGCCGUCGAGUGGUUGACAAAAACCGUCCUCACGGGGAACAUAAUCUAAUCGAAUGGGCUAAGCCUUUCCUUACUAGUAAACGGAAAGUCCUCCGUAUUAUGGAUCACCGUAUAGAAGGUCAAUACUCAGUGGAAGCAGCACUGAAAGCAGCACUUCUUGCAGUCAAAUGCCUGGCAUUAGACCCCAAAUUCAGGCCUAAAAUGCCCGAGGUCGUUAAGGCAUUGGAGCAACUUCAGAACUUAAACGAAGAAGGCAGUCUCAAACGCGAAACAACACAAAGGAAGCAUCACAGAACCAGCACCGAUGAAGCUUCAAGAAGAAAAACUACGUCUUAUCCGAGGCCAGCUGCUGCUUCUCCCCUUGUUACAUGAAUUGAGAAUGAAAGACCACAACUUUAACCAUAUACACUACCUGAUCUGAGCGAAAACGACAGGACAUCUUACUAGGUGAGCAUAAUUCUAUAUCUGCCGAUAAAUAGCGCAAAGAGUAAUUGAUCAAAUUCGCAGAUGUUCAUGUGAGAAGAAACUCUUAUGAUACUUGACUGAAUGUUGGAAUCUAGGAAAUAUGUUGUAAAUUUGUACCAAUCAUCUUAGUAGUCUACAGUUCUUAUUUUGAUCUAGAUGCAAAUUUAACAUUGAUGUUUCCCCUACACAUCCAUGCUAAAUUGCCUUUAGUUGUAUAUAGCCUUUCUUCUUUUGAGAGCCAAAGAUGUGGAAAAAAAAAGGGGACUUUUAACAUACUUGUACUGUAUGCUUUGUGAUGCUUUCUGCUUGUUCGUUUUCUGGACUGUUUUUCUUGAGUCGAGGGUCUAUCGGAAAAGAUGUGGAAAGAAAAGGACUUUUAACAAA